GAGUUCCCGCUCCGCCACCUCCACCCAAGACACGCUUAUUUGCGCGAGCAAUACCAACCCCUAUGCCUGUUCCGAAUCAGCCCGACGUGAAUGAUAAUCUGCUCGCUCCAUACCCUCCACCCAAUACGCGCUAA